GGAUGCUCUGAAGUACCUCACUGAAGCUCUUCAGUCCAUCAAUGAGGUAGAACUGGACAAUGUAAUUGAAAAUGUCAUCGAUGCUGUUGAAAAACAAUCCUUGUCCUGUAACAUGAUUGAACAAUCCACAGUGGAAGCAGCCGUCCAGGAAUGCAGCCAGGGGUCAGAUGAGACUGUAGAAAACGUUUUCAACAUUAUUGGAGCCUUUGAUAUCCCACGUUAUAUUUAUAAUUCAGAAAGAAAGAAGUUUAUACCCCUGUCAAUGACCAAUUUGCCUGUACCCAGUUUAUUUGGAACUGCCAGGGAUAAAGCAGAGCUGUUUCGUGAGCGCUACUCCAUCUUACAGCAGAGGACUCACAGACAUGAGUUGUUCACUCCUUCACCAGCCGUUGCUCAUCCUGAUGACAGUAAGAGCAAAUUCCAGCUUAAAACAGUAGAAACUCUCUUGGGCAAUACAGCUAAAGUGGGAGAAGUGAUUGUGCUUGGGAUGAUAACUCAGCUUAAGGAGGGGAAAUUUUUCCUAGAAGACCCUACAGGAGUCGUCCAGCUUGACCUUAGCAAAGCCCAGUUCCACAGUGGUUUAUAUACUGAGUCCUCCUUUGUUUUGGCAGAAGGUUGGUAUGAAGAUGAAGUGUUUCAUGUGAACGCUUUUGGAUUUCCACCUACUGAGCCUUCUGCUACCACUAGGGCCUUCUAUGGGAAUAUAAACUUCUUUGGAGGGCCUUCUUCAGCUUCAGUAAAGGCUUCUGCAAAACUAAAGCAGCUGGAGGAUGAAAAUGAAGAUGCCAUGUUUGUGUUUCUUUCUGAUGUGUGGCUGGACCAAGCAGAAGUUCUGGAGAAGCUUCACACAAUGUUUUCAGGUUAUUCCUCUGCACCUCCAACCUGCUUUUUCUUUUGUGGGAAUUUUUCAUCUGCACCAUAUGGAAAAGGUCAAAUUCAGUCACUGAAAGGUUCCUUGAAGGCUCUUGCAGAUAUUAUAUGUGAAUAUCCCAGCAUUCAUAAAAGCAGUCGAUUUGUGUUCAUCCCUGGCCCUGAAGACCCUGGUCCUGGUUCUAUUUUACCAAGACCUCCCCUGGCUGAAAAUAUUACUGAGGAAUUCAGGCAGCUGGUGCCAUUUUCAGUUUUCACCACAAAUCCUUGCAGGAUUCAAUAUUGCACCCAAGAAAUCAUUCUCUUCCGUGAAGAUCUGGUGAACAAGAUGUGCAGGAACUGCGUCCGCUUCCCUGGCAGCAACAUGGACAUUCCCAGCCACUUUGUAAAGACAAUAUUAUCCCAGGGGCACCUGACGCCGCUCCCCCUGUACGUGAGCCCUGUGUACUGGGCCUACGACUACUCCCUGAGGGUCUACCCCCUGCCAGACAUCCUCAUCAUUGCAGACAAGUACGACCCCUUCACUGUCACCAACACCGACUGCCUGUGCAUAAACCCUGGUUCAUUUCCAAGGAGUGGAUUUUCAUUCAAAGUAUACUACCCCUCCAACAGGACAGUUGAAGACAGCAAGCUUCAGGGUCUCUGA